ACAUCUUGUUGCAUUCAUCAGGAGACGGACAAAAGAUGUCGGACAUUGACAAGUCCUCGGUGCACGUGCCAGCCCUUGCGCGGGGCCUGAGUGACAUGCGCACCGCCGAUGUUCUCACGGAUGUGACACUCCUCGUGGACGAGCAGCGCUUUUCUGCUCACAGGAACGUCUUGGCCUCAGCAAGCCCGUACUUCUAUGCGAUGUUCACCGGUGGUCUGCAUGAGGCAGGACAGAAGGAGAUCAGGAUCCACGAGGUUGACGGAGAGGUCAUGGGUCUUCUACUGGACUUCAUCUAUACAGGAACGGUCUCUCUCACACCGGAUAUGGUCCAGGAAGUGAAGGCCCUCCUCCAGACAGCCGACCUGUUCCAGACCACAGUGCUGCUGCAGGCCUGUGAAGAGUGGCUACUCAAGUUCCUCACGCCCACAAACUGCACCUCACUCUACUUCCUGGCCUCCGCGCACAACUGCCGACGCCUCACGCAGGCCGCCAAGUGGAUGCUGGGCGGAAACUUCACUGAGGUGAGUUUUGGAGAGGAGUUCCUGAGUCUGGAGCUGGCCCAGAUUGUGGAGCUUGUGGCUGACGACUCGCUGGAGGUCAGAGUGGAAUCUGACGUGUUUGAGGCAGCGGUGAGGUGGCUGGAGCACACUGGGACCGCUGGGGAGCCAGCUGACAGGCUGCUGAGACAUGUCCGCUACUACCUCAUGGACCCGGAUUAUCUACAGAACAAGGUGCGAGCCUACAGCUUGGUGAAGGACUGCCCAGAAACGCUGAAGCUGUGCGAAGCGGCCGUGCAGGUACGGGGUUGGGAGGACAGCGCAGAGGGGACCGAGGCGUAUGCCGAGUCGCUCGGGCUCACCACGGACCUGCGCUUCGGCAUGAAGGGCUGCAACACCAUCCUGUUCCUGGGCGGGGAUCCGCACAAGGACUUCCCCGACCGGAGCGUCUGCAUGGCGUACAACCCACAAACAAAGUCGCAGUUCCGUCUGCCUCUACCCUACAGUUCCUCCAACGCCUGCGCUGUGGUCACAGAGGAUCAGAAGCUUUACGUGGGUGGAGGCAACAUUGAAGACGUCAACGCUAUUGGACACUGUAAGCCCUGUCGGUUGUUUUUCGUGUAUGACGCGGUUCACAACGUUUGGUUAGAGAAGGCGUCCAUGCGAGACAUUCGCACGAAUUUCGCCAUGGCGGCCGUCGGGAAGAGCGUGUACGCAAUGGGCGGGAAGAACUUCCUCGUGGGGCACAUCGCGGCGGUGGAGCGAUACGACCCGGACGCGAACGUUUGGCACGCGCAACGACCCUUGCCCUGCGCCCUCAGCGGGCACACCGCCGUGACGGUCGGCGAGUUCAUCUACGUCCUGGGCGGAUACGCCCGGCGGAUGGUCACGACGUCAACGGUUCGCUACAAUCCUGCGACGGACACGUGGACCGAGCUCGCGCCGAUGUCGAUCGCACGGAUGAAGGCUGGUGUCGCGGUGCUCGACGGGAAAAUCUACACGGUCGGGGCGUGGCAGGGACAGGUUACCAUGGAGAUGUUUGACACGGAGAAGGAGCGAUGGGAGCCGGGCGUCGUCCUCCCGUACAACGUGGUCUCCGGGGUGGGACUGGUUGCCCUCGACGACCGACUGUACCUUUGCGGGGCGGGGGAGGGCACCACGAGAGACAUCUACUUCUUCUCUCCCACCGACCUCCCCUGGCCGUUCGGACAGUGGUGCCUGAAUGAGAGGAACAUUGUGAGGUUCGACAACUUUGCCUGCACGACAGGACGCCUGCAUUUGGAGGGGCUGGAGUGUAUCGCAGAGGGGCCGGAGAGGAAUCAACCUCGGGCUUCAAUAUCGGCUGCGCGGCUUAAUGCGGUGGUCGCUAGAAUGUCUGCCAAACCAAGUACUAGUAGUUGAUACAUCUAUGGAGUUUGGACAUCCAGGUAAAACAUAAGUACAUGGCUGGAGUGUAUAGUGGAGGGUCCGGAGAGGAAUCAACCUCGGGCAUCCAUAUCGGCUGCACGGCUUAACGCGGUCGUCGCUAGAAUGUCUGCCAAACCAAGUACUAGUAGUUGAUACAUCGAUGGAGUUUGGACAGCCAGGUUGAACACUACUUAACGCAAAAUCAAAGUGUAAAUCAAAGUAUGAUUGCACAUGUUAAUGUAAUUAAUGUGAUUAGAAUGGCAUGUAUAUACAGUAUUGUGGAAGGAAUUUGAUAUGAACCUUGAAUCUUGAACGUGGACAUCAGUGGGGAAUGAGAGGAACAUUGUGAGGUUUGACAACUUUGCCUGCACGACCGGAAGGCUGCAUCUGGAGGGGCUGGAGUGUAUCGCAGAGGGGCCGGAGAGGAAUCAACCUCGGGCUUCAAUAUCGGCUGCGCGGCUUAACGCGGUGGUCGCUAGAAUGUCUGCCAAACCAAGUACUAGUAGUUGAUA